AUGGCUUUGCUUUUCAUCAAGCAGAAGCUUUUUCCUACCAAGGAAUCUCAGCUUCCGAACAAACCUCUUUUAGCUCGCAGCGAUGACGAAGAUACAAUCCGCGGCGAUUCAGACCGUGACAUCGAAUCCCAAAGUGGCCGAUCUUAUGCCACCUUCGGCCGCACUGUCAGCUAUGACGACUCAACAACCAGCAGCGGUAGCCAACGGGCCCGUAUCAACCCUCGUAUCGUGUCAGAUGCCAUCCUGGGUCUUUCAGAUGGAUUGACCGUUCCAUUCGCCUUGAGUGCAGGUCUGUCUGCACUGGGAAACACCAAAGUCGUCGUUCUUGGAGGAUUGGCUGAGUUGGCAGCCGGUGCUAUCUCCAUGGGACUGGGCGGAUAUGUUGGCGCAAAGAGCGAAGCUGAAUCCUACCAAGCCACCGUCCGCGAAACACAAAAUUUGAUCGAGAGUGAACCCGAAGAAACACAUGCUAUGGUCCGCGAGUGCUUCGCUCCAUACGCCCUCUCCAACGCCGUCAUCGAAGAUAUCACACGCGACCUCCACGCCUCACAAGACCGACUACUGGAAUUCCUGCUCGCGUUCCACCACCGCGAAUCUGCUCCUGAUUGCAACCAAGCUUGGAUUUCGGCCAUUACCUUGGCUCUUGGCUACUUUGUCGGUGGAUUCAUUCCUCUCAUUCCCUACUUCAUUGCGGCACAGGUCAGUGAUGCUUUGUACUGGAGUAUCGCCGUGAUGGCGGUGACACUUGCGGCAUUUGGAUACAUCAAGACCUGCGUUGUACGUGGCUGGUCUGGUCGUGAUAACAUCAGUGCCGCGAUUUGGGGCGGAAUCCAAAUGAUCUUCGUCGGAGGUGUGGCUGCUGGUGCUGCUAUUGGACUCGUGCGGUUGAUCGACACCGGCGGCUCUCAAUAG